GGGGCGGCGCCAGGCCUGGCCCCAGGUGGCAGGAGUGGGCGGGGCAGCUGCCUGGGCUCUGCCCGCCUGUGUGCCCAGCUCAUUGCCCAUCAGUUCGCCCUCAGCAUCACCUUGCUGUCACUUCGCCCUUGCGGCCCCGUCCAAGCCCCAGGCUGGCCAGUGCUGAAGCCCCCGACGCCAUGGAGGAGUGGGAUGUGCCCCAGAUGAAGAAGGAGGUCGAGAGCCUCAAGUACCAGCUGGCCUUCAAGAGGGAGCUGUCCUCCCAGACCAUCCCCGAGCUCCUUAAGUGGAUCGAGGACGGGAUCCCCAAGGACCCCUUCCUGAACCCCGAGCUGAUGAAGAACAACCCGUGGGUGGAGAGGGGCAAGUGCGCCAUCCUGUGAGGCCCGCUGCCCUCCCUGUAGAGACCAACUCUGUAAAGGUGUGACUAUAUAUUAAUCACAAGUGCGUUCCCGGGG